AUGGGUCCCUGUCAAUCAUUAGUCAGGAACAGGAACGUCCGUGCUUUGGAUCCCUCCCUCAGCUUCUCAUCUGGUACCUAUAUUCCAACCUCAACCACAGACGUAGAUUUAAUUCCAUGGGUUACAGUCGAUGCCAGUGGACAUGCCUCAACGGUCACCCCAAUCCUCACAACAAUCGACGGUAAAACGACAACAAUUGAUGCUGCCCCUGCAACAUUGACUGCCUCUGAUACUUCCUCUACUUCUGGAACUACGUCGAGGACAUCUACAUCUGGUGAAGUAUUACCUACAUCGACAGGAGGUGGAGCUUUUGAGAUCUGCCACAAUCUCAAGGGCAAGUUCGCACCGUUCUGCAAGCCGGAUAAUGGAUCCAAUGUAUAUGUCGAUGAAACAUAUUAUGUUACAUGGGAUACUGAAUAUUUGACUGGCUCGAAUAACUCGGUUUUCAUACAAGCAAAUUAUGUGAAUGCAUCCGGCGGAGGUGUACAAGCUUUCCAAUCAAUUCUAACAAGCAACAGCCUUGGUUUUAUCGCCUGGACGAUAGAUAAGGCCUGGUUAAAGGGCAUGAACUCCAACAAUAUAACUUUAUUCAUCACAUCCACUCAAAAAACCGCAAUCUCUUCCAUACAAGGUCCAACACUAAUGGUGACUACCUCGCCCGCGCCUGAACCAUAUCGUCAACCCCCGAGCAGAGCUCCUCAUGGUGCUUCAUUGUACAUAGCCCUCCCCACAGUCCUCGCAUUCAUUGUUCUAGUCAUCGGUGGAACAUACUACUGCAAUCGUAAGCAUCGUACUAUUGGGAUGGGAAGUGUGAUGGGUCGACGCAAGGGAUAUGGAACUGGAUCAAGGAGACAGAGAAUGGGAUUGGGAAAGAAGAAAGAUCGAGCAAUUAUGUUGAGGAACCAAGAAUUGAUGGCUGAUGGACAGUAUAGAGAUGUUCCAUCAUCGAGGGCAGAAGAUCCAACGAUGCAUUAUAGGGAUGAAAUGAGUUGGGAUAAUGAUGAGCAUUUCAGAGAUGAAACGAGAUGGCAGGCUGGAUCGAGACUCUAG